AUGGAGGCAAAGGAUGAGAUUCAUGACUUACUAACUCUGAUGAACCCACCACCACCUCCUCCUCCUCCUUAUCCUCGUCAUCCCAACUCUUCUCUCUUCUCUCCUUGUCCCUCCCACUUCCCUUUCAAUAACCUGCCCCCCUCUAUCUGGCCUUCGUCCCACCAAAUUCCUACCCAUUCUCAGCCCCCUGCCACCCCCCACGCCUGCCGCGCUUCUUCUUCAACCGCAGCUGCAACUCGCAGCUUCCAAUGCUUUUACUGCUCCCGCAAAUUCAACAGCUACCAAGCCCUCGGCGGCCACCAAAGCGCCCACAAGUCGGAGAGAGCCGCUGCUCGCAGGUCUUUUGUAGGCGCCCACAAGUCGGAGAGAGCCGCUCCUCGCCAUCCUCAUCAUGUCCCUACUUUCAACGUCCCACCUGCCCCUUCUCAGUAUCAGAUCAUGCCCAUCAACGUGCCACGUCAGCCUCAUGACGUUGAUGACCAUGCUCAACAUUAUUCGUAUGGGCCUCACCAAUACCAUCAGCUCCAGCAGAGCCACCACCAGCAGCAGCCAGAGGCAGCCGUACGCGACAGCAGCAGCAGCUUUUUAAUAGAGACGGGGCAUAUUAUGCAGCAGGACAACGAGCCACCUAAGUACUCUUGGGCGAUGGACCUCUCCAACAUCAGCACUACUAACUACCACCCCCACCACCUCAUCCCCGCCGCCGCCUCCACUUACUCUCUUCCCCAGAUGAUUCACGGCCCCACCACCAUUCAACUGCCUCAACCCCUCUUCUCAUCUGCACCUCCUUCUUCCCACACCCAUCAAUAUUAUCAUGGCCAUCCUCAGAAUGCCACCGCCGCUCAUUCUCCUGUUGACAACGACACUCCUCACAGCCUUGACCUCUCCCUCCACCUUUAA